AUGGGUAAGAGAAAGAAGUCAUCUAGAGGUCCAGCUAAGAAACAAGUUCAAAAAUUAGACACCAAGUUUAAUUGUUUGUUUUGUAAUCAUGAAAAUUCAGUAUCAUGUAAACUGGACAAAAGGAAUAGUAUUGGUUCCUUGAAUUGUAAGAUUUGUGGGCAAAGUUUCCAAACACGUAUAAAUGCAUUAUCACAACCUGUAGAUGUGUAUAGUGAUUGGUUUGACGCUGUCGAAGAAGUGAAUCAAGGUAAAGCAAGUGACUCUGAAGAAGAUGAAGGAUCCAGUAGUGAUUACGAAAGUGAUUCUGAUGAGGAAGGAACUUCUGCUAAAAGUAACAUAGGUGGAAGAAUAGUAGAUGACGAUGAUGAUGACGAUGAAGCAGAAUACGGCGAAGAAAGAAGUAAAAGAAGUACCGGUGCUCUCUUAGAUAGCGAUGAUGAAUAA